AUGAAGGGCACACAAGUUUUCCCCGUUGUUCUGAAACCUAAACCCAUUUGUAGCUUCAAUUCCACACAUAUUCAUAUUACAAUGGACGGUCACACUGGAAGAAUAGAAGCUUCUAUACGAGGGGAAUUUAGUUUGUGUGAAGCUGACAACAAUGGCACUGGAAGAUUAGAAGCUUCUAGCCAAAGGGGGUUGAGCUUGUGUGAAGCUGAAAAUGAUGGACCUGGAAGAGUAGAAGCUACUGGUGGAGGGGAAAUGAUCUUGUGUGAAGCUGACAAUGUUGGUACUGGAAGGAUAGAAGCUUCUGGCGCAGUGGAAUUGGUUUUAUGUGAAGUUGAUAAUGAUGGCAUUAGAAGAAAAGAAACUUCUGGAGGAGGGGAAUUGAGUUCGUGUGAAGCUGACAGAAAUCAAGAACCAUGUGAGGGUAUGCUAUUUGAAUCGGAGGAAACUGCCAGAGCAUUUUAUGAUGAAUAUGCCAUAAGGGUAGGAUUUGUAACCCGUGUCCUAUCAUCCCGUAAGUCAGAGCGUGAUGGGUCAAUUAUUUCCCGUGGACUUGGAUGUAGAGGGGGUUCUGAUAAUCAUGGAGUAGAUAGUGUUGCAAGUCACAAGAGAGAUGGGCGUCGAGAAGGUUGUACAGCUAUGAUCUUAGUAAAGAGAGAGAGGCCUGGUAGAUGGGUUGUUAGAAAAUUUGUGAGGGACCAUACUCAUCCCCUUGUUGUUUCAUUGCCAUUGCACAAGAGACGUCAAACUUUUGUAAGUUUCAUACUCCUUCUGUGGCUACAAUACAACUUACUUUCAUAUGAUGAUUUAAUGUAUACUCUGUUAUUUUUUCUCGUCUCAAUAUGA